UCUUUGUUUUGACUGAGAACAAAAGUAGCAGCCAAACUCAAACUGUCAUUGUGUGUGAGGAAAAAUCUCCCAAACAUGAAGAACGGAGGACACCGAGAUCAUGCUGGAGAGAAGAUGAUCCUGUGAUAGACUGCAGUCACACGAGUGUUUGUGUUUUAUUGUGUGUCACUCCUGAUUCGUGUGUGUAUGUGUGUGUGUGUGUGUGUGUGUGUGUGUGUGUGUGUGUGUGUGUGUGUGUUUGUGUGGAUAGGACGCGACUUUCACGGAUCAGCGCGUCUGCAGUGACUGAAGAGUUGUUGGCAGCGAUAUGCCUAACAAUAUUUCUUGCAAGGUCAAUCUAACCUGACUGCCAGACUUUAUUAAAGCCAUGCUGUCAUUGAGAGGUUUCUUCAGAACAUCAUGAGACUGUGAGCUCAGUGUGGAAUCAGUCAUGGCAGAAACCGGCAUCGACAAAUCUCACCUGCCCGGUGUUUAUGAUGUGUGCCAAUGUUUCUCUGUGUUAGAGGAUGGUGCUUUGGCUCACAGUCUUCAAGAGCAGGAAAUUGAGCAGUUCUACAGCACCAACAUCCAGAAGAACCAGGUGGUGCAGAACGAUGUUCGUUUGGCCCGGAGGCUGCAGGAGGAAGAGGAACAGCGAGCAAAUCUCCGGCAGGACCUGCAGCAGCUGGAGGAAGAGGACUGCAGAUAUGCACAGAUGAUCCAGGAGGAGCUCCAGAUGUGUGCAGAGGAGGCCAGGAGGCGAGAGAAAGAGGAUGAGGAAAUCGCUAAACAGUUACAGGAAGAAGAAGAAAUGGAGAUGAGACGCCAGAGGGUUGCUGCUGGUUGCAAUGACAAUGACUGUGUUUCUCCACUCUGUGAAGGUUUGGGAGUCUGGGAACAGAUGCUUCAGGACGCUGAGAUGGCCCGUAGACUUCAGGAGGAAGAGGAUACGCUGCCUCACAGAGAGCAGUUUCCUCAGAGCUCUGGAUCAGAGGUGGAUUUCAUUGCGGCCCAAGUAGCCCAAGAUGAGGAGAUCGCCCACUAUAUGCAGCGCCAUCAGAGAAGAGUCAAAAACAGGCCACAAGACCUAGAGAUCCAGACCAGACCUCCUGAACCGAGAGAUGAAGGAAACACCACAACCAGGAAGUCUCUUCAGAUGUUGCGUGAUAGGCUGAACUCAGAUGGACUGCAUUCACCCGUGGAAGAGGAAGACUAUACCAUCGAAAGCCUUUUAUCAAGCCCAUCAUGCACUGUGCUCCGAAACCAACACAUACACAAUAUUGCAGAAGAACUGGACCCAACGUUUAAGGCUAGGAAGCGUGAGAGGCAAAUUUCCACCAGCCCCCUAUCAGCAGGUCUAUGUUUGGCCCCUCGUAACCCGCACAGUAUUUUUUAUGACUAUUUACCAGAACCCACCUUUAUACCACCAACUAAAAGGCAGAGCGACAAAGCAGGACGUCACAAACCCAAAGAAAAGAAAGAGAACUGUAAACAGCAGUGAACAUGUGACUAACUCAGUGUUGUCUUUUGAGUGUCUUAACAAGUAUUGUAGAAUCCAAUUUAUGGACACAGAUUAAACUGUUAGACUGAGUAACAAUUCAUGGUUUCAUCAUGUUGUUGUAUGGCAUCACACAACAUGACGGCACCAAGGGAGAUGUACGUAAUUUAAGAUAAGCACCUACUUUUAAACUAUUAAAAUACACAGAAGCAAAGUUCCUUCAUUAUAUGAUGAUCAAAAACCUGUUUUAAAGGUAGGGUAGGUGAUUUUGGAAGAGGUUAGCAAUAGCAAGCUAGCUUUGAAAGCAUAAGAUCCCACCCUCCCUGCAAAUCACAUUCCAGAGCCACGCCUCCUCCAAAACACAUGGAGACCGAGGAAUAUGAUUGGACGAACAUUUUAUGGUCCUACUCCUUCCACAGACAAUAUAAAUACCUAUAAAUAAAUUUAGACUACUUAACUUAGUGAUUGCUCUCAGGAUGUGAAGAGACUUUCAACCAGCAUAACAAAAAAACAACAACUUUUGAACCAAAUCACCUACCCUGCCUUUAAACGCUUGUAUUAUUUUUUUUUUUUCAUCUUCAGGUUUAGUCAUUUUUUGUACAUGCAGUGGAAUAACAUCUUUA